AGAGAGAGAGAGAGAGAGAGAGAGAAAGAGAGCGAGCGAGACAGAGAGAGACAGAGAGAGAGAGAGAGAGAGAGAGAGAGAGAGAGAGAAAGAGAGCGAGCGAGACAGAGAGAGAGAACAGUGUGGACAUUGACUCCAUGGGGGAGCCAUUCUCUACUGCGUCAGUAGAACAGAAGGAGUGAAAACCAACAGACUGACACUGUCUGCUUCGCUCCACACACUUCUCCUUUCAUCCUUCCAUCCACCCAUCUAUCUAUCUGUCAAACCAGUGAGGAAGAGGAGAGAUGAAGAGACCUUAUGAUGACUAUAGUUCUCCAGAUUCUGAUGACAUGGACAAGCUGAUCGAUGUGGGACAGGAAGACGGCUUCUGUCCAGUCACUGGGUCCAUAUCCCCAGUUAGCACCUCCCAGAUUCUGGCCCGGAAGAAGAGAAGAGGGAUCAUAGAGAAGAGACGCAGAGACAGGAUCAACCACAGUCUAUCAGAGCUUAGAAGACUGGUGCCAAGCGCUUUCGAGAAGCAGGGCUCAUCUAAACUGGAGAAGGCAGAGAUUCUGCAGAUGACGGUGGACCACCUUAAGCUGCUGCAUGCCAUCGGGGGCAAAGGGUACUUUGAUGCGCAGGUCUUGGCUGUGGACUAUAGGACCCUGGGAUUCAGACAGUGUGUAGGAGAGGUGGUCCGUUACCUGAGCUCUUUAGAAGGAGGGGUGGACUCCCCGGACCCUGUCGGAGCCCGCCUGGUCUCUCACCUCUCCCACUGCGCCAGCCAACUGGACCCUAUUCUCCUUCAGUCGCCCCAGACCUCCUCCGCCCUCCCCUUUCCUCCCUGGCCGUGGAUUUCCUCCUAUCACCAGAUGUCACCUGUCUCGUCUCCCCACUCUCCAUCUUUCUCCGCUGGGCGGAGGGAGCUGGCACGCCUGGGGGGUGGGGGAUAUCCAUCCCACUCAGCCGACACCCUGCGUCUCGCCCCCCUGGGGUGCCAACAGGGGUCCAUGCUCGCCCCUGCCCAUGUGCCCUCUCUCCCCCCUCCUUCCUCCCCUACCCUCACCCCCUCCCCCACUGACAGACUCACUCAGCAAUCCCCCGGAGCCUCACCCCUCCUCACCACCCACUCCUCUUCUUCUUCUUCUUCCUCCUCCUCCUCUUCUUCUGCUCCUCCACGAGUCUCCUUCAGACCUUUUGCCCCUAUGGGGUCUCCCGCGGGUCAGCGCAGGGGUAUGGGUGGCUCUGCCAAGGCUCCAAAGACCUGGGGGACUGAGAUAGGAGCCUUCUGAUCCAGAACCUGUCAACAUGAUGUACCAUGUAGAGGUUGCCCAACUAAACAUACCCUUAACACCAGAUCUAGAAUCAGAUUGCCUUACCCCUAAACCUACCUUUUAACCACAGAUCUAGGAUCAGAUUGCCUUACCCCUAAACCUACCUUUUAACCAUCAGAUCUAGGAUCAGAUUGCCUUACCCCUAAAUAUACCCUUAACACCAGAUCUAGAAUCAGAUUGCCUUACCCCUAAACCUACCUUUUAACCAUCAGAUCUAGGAUCAGAUUGCCUUACCCCUAAACCUACCUUUUAACCAUCAGAUCUAGAAUCAGAUUGCCUUACCCCUAAACCUACCUUUUAACCAUCAGAUCUAGGAUCAGAUUGCCUUACCCCUAAAUAUACCCUUAACACCAGAUCUAGAAUCAGAUUGCCUUACCCCUAAACCUACCUUUUAACCAUCAGAUCUAGGAUCAGAUUGCCUUACCCCUAAAUAUACCCUUAACACCAGAUCUAGAAUCAGAUUGCCUUACCCCUAAACCUACCUUUUAACCACAGAUCUAGGAUCAGAUUGCCUUACCCCUAAACAUACCCUUAACACCAGAUCUAGAAUCAGAUUGCCUUACCCCUAAACCUACCUUUUAACCAUCAGAUCUAGGAUCAGAUUGCCUUACCCCUAAAUAUACCCUUAACACCAGAUCUAGAAUCAGAUUGCCUUACCCCUAAACCUACCUUUUAACCAUCAGAUCUAGGAUCAGAUUGCCUUACCCCUAAAUAUACCCUUAACACCAGAUCUAGAAUCAGAUUGCCUUACCCCUAAACCUACCUUUUAACCACAGAUCUAGGAUCAGAUUGCCUUACCCCUAAACAUACCCUUAACACCAGAUCUAGAAUCAGAUUGCCUUACCCCUAAACCUACCUUUUAACCAUCAGAUCUAGAAUCAGAUUGCCUUACCCCUAAACCUACCUUUUAACCAUCAGAUCUAGAAUCAGAUUACCUUACCCCUAAACAUACCCUUAACUAUGAAAUGGAUGAAAUCAUAUCUGACCCUAGAACAGUGGUUUAGGGACAACUACUACCUCCUCUGUCUCUCUCCCUCUGUGAUGCCAUUUCUAAAUGACAGGGACUCUAAAGCCAUACGACAUGACAAACGGACGGACAGUGAGACAGACUGGGGUCAAACAGCAGGGGACUGACAGAUGGACAGAUGGACAGAUGAAGAAAGCCAAGACGGAAGACCGAGUCAUAACAGAGAACAGAAUAACUAAAUGACUUCCAGAGCUCGACUCAGGCUGACUGACGGUCCUACUUGUACAGAAAGCUCUGAAUCUCAGUUUGUAUGGGAAUUUUCAUAGUAAUACCAUGUUGUUCUCCACUAGAAGUAACCCAAUAGAUUGUCUAUGAACGAACGAAUGCAAGAGACUAUAUAAAACACUACCGAGACAUAUAUAGGGUUCCACAAUUCCAGAAAUCCUGGCUGGAGGAAUCUUACAGCUGUGAUUUUUUUUUGGG